UAAGUGUGUGCGUGAAAGUCGUUUUUUUUUUCAGCUACUACAGGGGAACAGAGAAGAAGAGUUCAUCUACUAGUCCGAUCUACAACACAACUCUCUCUCUUUCUCUCUCUAAUAAAUAAAUAUAUACAUACACGCUAUAAGGGUUGUUUGCCUCUUCGUCUUCGUCGAAAUGGCCAUUCAGAGUGGCAGUUUCCUCACACAAUUCACGAUGCCGGCGACGGAGACUCGUGUUCCGGCGAUCACGUCCUGCUAUUCCGGCCACCAAAUUUCCAAUCGGAGGUUGAAAAUGGGUACCCGUUUCGGAGGUAGGAGUGACGGAAUUAACAGAAGGUGCAUAGCUUCAGUGCCGGUGAUGGCUCUGGAUAGGAAUAUCAGUGGUUCCGAUGGCGGUAAGAAGACGUCGGUGCCGAAUUCGAACUACGUGGUGCCACUGGACAAGUCGUCUUGCAUCACUCGGCCUCUCGCCGAGAUCCUCAGGGACCUCAACAAGAGGAUUCCUGAUAACAUCAUCAAAUCUGAUGAUGGUGAUAAUUCCACUUUCAUACCCUGGUACCAUGCCAAUCGGAUGUUGAGUUUCUAUGCUCCAGGUUGGUGUGGAGAGAUACGGGAUGUUAUUUUCUCUGAAAAUGGAAGUGUGACUGUGGUGUACCGUGUCACAAUACGAGGUUCUGAUGGAGAGGCACACCGUGAAUCUACUGGGACGGUAUCAUCUGGUAGCGGCCAUCUGAAGGAUCCUGUUGCUGCAGCUGAGGAAAUAGCUUUUUGCAGAGCAUGUGCACGGUUUGGCCUUGGCUUAUAUUUGUAUCAUGAAGAAUAGAUGUUACAGAAAUGUGAAUAUGAAGGUGGUGGUAGCUGAAAGCUGAUUCUGGACAUUUUGAUGCUUUGGAAGAUGACAAGUUCAGUUACUUUCAUCCCUAAAGUGACAUUGUUCUUUCUUUUAAGUUUUGUUGCUGUUUUGAUGCUUUCAAUUUGAAUUUGUGAAUUCUUGCUGUUAGGACACAAAUUUGAAUUUGUGAAUAGCCUAUGCUCCUCUCUCACUACAUGUUUCGGAUGCAUGUGUAUCUCAUGUAUGAUGAAAUGCACCAAUUACUUAAAUAUAUGUACACUAAUAAACUUGUUGCACUAAUAUUUUGCUAAAUUGGCAUUAUUUGCUUA